CGUUUAUUUCUACUUAUGCGUGUGACCAAGGAAAGAACUUCGACCAUGAUUACCAGGAUUGGUUAAAAGAAAAAGAAAAAACGAUGCAGGAUUUAUGUGAUGGAUAUGAACAGAGAAUGAAACAACACGAGGAAAUAAUGUCAUCUAUCAAAGAAAAGGAAAAUAUUGAUCAGACGGAGCAACGAAACAUUAUCAGUCAGACAGAGAACUGGGUACAGGAACAACGAAGUACAUUUCAGUUUGUAACGACGAAGGCCUUUGACUGUGCCAAAGAGAAAAUCAAAGAGAAAAGGUUUGUGGUUAUAAGGGGAGACUCCGGGUCAGGAAAAACACGUUUAGCUACUGAACUUUUAGAUUGGCUUCAUUCUCCAGCGCAAAUACACGCAUUUAACUGCAAGAAACCCUUACGCCUCCCAAGCCUUCAGCGCUGGGAUAAGGUCAUUUCAGCUAAUGCAAAUCUUUCCAUUUUAUUGGAUGACCUGUUAGGUUAUAGUUCUGAGGUAUCACAAGAUUUGACAUGGUGGAAACAGCAUGGCGAAAUGCUCAAUUCAAUCGUAGUGGGGAAGGAAUCAGCAAACCAUUUGAUCAUUACAUUAAGAAAUGACAUAUAUAACGAGUACAAAUCUAAGUUCGAUUGUCUCUCACUGUUUGAUGAUGGGCAUGUCAUUGAUCUCAGCUCGCCUGAAUACAUUUUACGGGAGGAAAGGGAAACCCUUCUCACGACAUAUACACAGACGAUAGAUAAUUUCAAACCAUUUUCAGAAAUUGAGAUCAAUCAAAUCACUGCCGUUUCUCCACCGAUCGGAUUUCCUGAAUGUUGCCGUAUAUUCAGAAAAACGCCAGAUUUGCAUCCAGAAAGAGUUGAGUAUUUUAGAAAACCAUUCCAAAGUAUUAGAUCAGUUAUCACGGAAAAGUUUAACAGAGCAAAACAAACAGCGCUGAUAUACAUUUUGUUAUCUCGAGAACCUGUCUCAACAAAUUUGCUGGAUUUUGAAAGUGAAUGUUUCGACAAAGAAGGGAUAACACGUGCGUUUAGUGUCUCUUCUCAUGUCUUUCCUGAUUCAAAGCAUAUAACCGCAGACAUUGCAACACAACUACCGUGUCUCCAGGAAGGCCUUGAUGUUUUAUGUGAUUCAUUUGUGCGUAAAGAGAAAGGUAUCUAUAAAUUCUUCCAUGACUCGAUACAAGACGUUAUUGCUAUCCUCUAUGGGAAGAAAACACCAAGAGGUUUCCUUAAUAACUGCCCAAGUAGUUGUUUGCAUUACGUAGCAACAAGUGAAUGUAAAGAUAUACUACAUAAGGUAGUGAUAGAGAAAGACAAUUAUGAAAUCGCUUACCAACGUAUAGUGCGAGAACUUGAAUCAAAGCAGCACUCAAGUUACAUUGCGGUAUCUUCGAUGUCAUCAUGGAAUAAUGAAGAAUUUCUCAUUGGAUUUUUCAAUUGGCUCAAAUCAGAGAAGUAUUCCACAGAAGACUAUUUUAUUAGAUUGGAAACAGGAGAACCAUUAAUGUUAUCGGAUAACAGAUUGAUUCCUUUCAUGGAUAUUGCGAAAAAGAGGGAAGACACAUCCAGUUGCUUUCUGAUUUACGCUGCUAAAAUGAAUUCGAUUAACCUGAUUAGCCAUUUCACUAAACGUUUAGAUAUACUAGACUUAACAAACCAUAUGAAGUAUGCAUUAGACGUAGCACUCUCAGAAGGAAGCUUUGAGUGCUCGACCUAUCUCCUUCACAAAAACAUUGAACCUGAUGGUACGUCAUGCUUCUGUGCAGCAAUUGGUGGAAACAUUGAAAUAAUGAAGAUAUUAGAUAAAUUACUAAAAAAACUCACAGACAGCGAAAAAUGGGAUAUUUUAUGUGCGGCAUGCGUUGUCGGACAGCAUGAGAUGUGUGCCUAUAUUUUAGAGAUAUCCCCGAACCUGUUGUCACGCAGGGACAAAAACAGCAAUGACCAUUUGUUACACAUAAUUGCAAAAACAGAGUCUAUAGACUGUUUUCGAAUAGUAGCUAACUUAUUCAUUCAGGAAUGUCAGAGUAACGAGGAAAUAAAACAGUCAAUCAAAGCAUUGACAAAUCAAAACGGCUCCACUGUUUUACACCUGGCAUUUCAAUCAAAACAAAGAAUUAUGAUAGUGUACCUGAUGAAACAAUAUCCCUAUCUGUUAACACAAAAAAAUCCAAAUAGUGUUAAUGAUCUGUCUUCGACAGCAAUGUCCUGUAAGCUAGGUAUACUUACAGUGAAAGACAUUGAACGCGUUAUAAAGAGUAUUUGUCAGAACGGCAUGAUGGAAUCGCUGAUAGAUGAAAAUGGUGACUCAAUUUUACAUUGGAUGUGCAAGUGUGGAAAUGAAGAAGUAUGUGUAAAGCUAUUACCCAUAUGUCCGCCAUAUUUUCAGAAAAACCACAAAGGUCUUAGCUGUCUCCAUUGCAUGAUAUUGGCUGGCAAAAUAGAAUGUUUCAAAUCAGCAGCUGCCUUCAUGAUUAAAGGUAAAAACAAAGAGGAAAGUGACAAAAUCAUGACAGAUAACAAUUUAGGUUUCACGUUGUUGCAUUUAGCCUGUAACGGUGGACACACACAUAUUUGCUUGUACUUAAUUGGAGAAUGUCCUAGAUUGUUUCAUAUAAAAGACCAAUUUGAUCAUCACUGCCUUCAUUUGGUCGCUCAAUCCGGCAAUGUAAAGUGUUUUCAAUCAAUAGCUGAUUUAGCUCUAAAAAAUAUGAACAAAACACAAAAAGAAAUAUUCAUGGAGAGUCUAAAAGACAAGUAUGGUACGACAGUUUUAUACCAUGCAUGUCUGAAAGGAAACAAAGAUAUUUGCUUGUACUUAAUCAAAGAAUAUCCUAGAUUGAUUUACAAAAAAGAUCGAUUCGAUCGUCAUUGCCUUCAUUUGAUUGCACGCUCCGGUAAUGUAGAGUGUUUUCAAUCAAUAUAUGAUAUAGCACUAAAAGAUAUAAAUGAAACAGAAAAAGGAAUAUUCAUGGAGAGAUUAUUAGACAAUGAUGGUUGGACAGUUUUACAUCAUGCAUGCUUGACAGGAAACAAGGAUAUUUGCUUGUACUUAAUCGGAGAAUAUCCUAGAUUGCUUUCCAAAAAAAACCGAUGUGAGCAGCAUUGCCUUCAUUUGGUCGCUGAAUCCGGAAAUGUAGAGUGUUUUCAAUCAAUAGCUGAUUUAGCUCUAAAAGAUAUGAAUGAAACAGAAAAAGAAAUAUUCAUGGAGAGUCUAUUAGACAAUUAUGGUUGGACAGUUUUACAUCAUGCAUGUUUGAAAGGAAACAAAGAUAUUUGCUUGUACUUAAUCGGAGAAUAUCCUAGAUUGCUUUCCAAAAAAGACCGACGUGAGCAGCAUUGCCUUCAUUUGGUCGCUGAAUCCGGAAAUGUAGAGUGUUUUCAAUCAAUAGCUGAUUUAGCUCUAAAAGAUAUGAAUGAAACAGAAAAAGAAAUAUUCAUGGAGAGUCUAUUAGACAUUGAUGGUUGGACAGUUUUACAUCAGGCAUGUUUGAAAGGGAACAAAGAUAUUUGCUUGUACUUAAUCGGAGAAUAUCCUAGAUUGCUUUCCAAAAAAGACCGACGUGAGCAGCAUUGCCUUCAUUUGGUCGCUAAAUCCGGAAAUGUAGAGUGUUUUCAAUCAAUAGCUGAUUUAGCUCUAAAAGAUAUGAAUGAAACAGAAAAAGAAAUAUUCAUGGAGAGUCUAUUAGACAUUGAUGGUUGGACAGUUUUACAUCAUGCAUGUUUGAAGGAAACAAAGAUAUCUGCUUGUACUUAA